CCCCGCCACCUCUUGCCGCCUCCGGGCGCCGUUGUUUGCGCUUAAACCGCCGCGCCUCCCGCUGACGCCCUGAGCGUAAAGUAGUCUUCCUCGGCCUUCGUCGAGACCCUUUCUAGUUCCGCGAUAAAUUACAGGGCAACAAUUGUACGCCUUUUAAGGGGCAUAACGCAAAAGAGAUUUAGAAAUUAACGAGGCUUCCUUCGGCUCAGGCGACAGGCAGGCUUCGGAUUUUACGUCUGAGGCGAGGCCGCUGCUAUUUGUUGUUGUUUGAAUUGUGGCCGUAAUUGUCAUGUUUGUGAAGUGACCACUUUGCAGCAGGGUGCGUGCUACUGCAGCACAAUGAGCAUUCCGGUGAGCUUUCUAAACGUGCCAGAGUCCAUCAUGGAGUCGGCGUACUUUGCAACGGACAAGUCAAAAAGCAGGAAGAACGGCAACGGAGCUUUGAUGCCGUUGAGUUUUCCCCAGAGCAACGUUGCGCUCUGGGACCCCACGCCGCAAGGGAAGCCAGUUUGUCUGCACAUGGCGCAGUUCAGGAAUCCUCGGCUGCUGAUUCUUGAGAAGACGCUGCGGCUGGCUCAUCGCCACGCCAACCAGUUCGGAGGCAAGCCUCAGUCUGCGUUCCUCAUUGGCUCCCUCACCAUCGAUAACGACGAAGAGGGCAUCACGGUGACGGUGGAUAGGUUCGAUCCAGGGCGAGAGACUCCAGGUGGACCUAGGUACGGUGAUGCCCACUGCUCUUCUGCCAGGAGACUUCCUCAUCUCGAUGUGUGUGGGACCCACCCGGGCAGGCUCCGAUAAAACCGCCAUGCACAGCCGUGAUGACUUCCUGGCCGCGUUCAAGUCUCUGCAUCAGCUGGCAUCGUCUCGCGAGGCCUCCGACCCCGGGCGGCUGCUGCUGGCGCGUGCCGUCCUGGAAGGCGCUCCCUCGGGCCCCGGGGCCCUCGCCUUGUCUCUGAGCCUGGCCGCCGUGGUCGUGGCCCGCACCGUCUCGGCCACGCCCGUGCGGCCGCUGCCCAUCAUUCCCACGGCCCUGGCACGCAACCUCGCAGGCCCGGCGAGCAUCGCGAGGGUGCAGGCAGCGUGCAAGUCUGGGUUCCUGACAAUGGACCAGACACGGAAGCUGCUGCUCGUCUUGGAGUCGGACCCCAAGGCUCAGAGUCUCCCACUGGUCGGCAUCUGGGUGAGCGGGGUGAUGCACGUGGCAAAUCCGCACGUGUGGGCAUGCUGCCUGCGAUUCUUCUUCGGCACUUUCAUCCGCCAGAGGCUGCUUGCGGAGGGAAGCAGAUGCUUGCUGCUCGUGUACACGCUCACGCAUAGCGAGCCCGAGUUUUACGAGUGCAGCCUCACCUCCGGCCAAGGCCUGGACUUCAACUUAUACUCCUGCUCAGAGACACUACACGUCUUCAAGGAUGUGGAGGCUGCCGAGAGACCUCCCGUGCAGCUGGAGUUGGCCCCGGACAGGAGAUGUGGGGAGUGGGGGUGUUUUAAAGGAGCCUUGGGCAGCGCACCUGGCCUGGGGGUCGGCGAGGGGCCAGCAUCACCGGGGCAGCGCUCUCUGCCCAGCGACAACGACUCCGGGCUGGAGGAGGAGGACUUCUCUCCGCGUCCCACGCCCAGCCCUCACCCCAACACCCAGCUGUCGCCGAAGGUGCAUCCGUGCGUGCCGGAGCUGUCGCUCGUGUGCGACGGGACCUUUCUGCCAGCCCUCAAGGGGCCCCCACCACGACCACCGCCGUCGUCCGGCAACGACGAGAACCGCGCACCGGCAGAUCGCGUGCGCCCGGCAAAACGGGUGGGCGACCGGCACUCCAAGAUCCCGCUUGCCUACAAUCACGGCUCUCCUCCCACCUCGCGUAUCGACGCCACUGUGGACAGGGGCCCGCCGCUCAUCCGGCAACCGCUGAUGCCCAAGAACCAGCAGCAGCCGGAUCCCGGUAGUGGCCGCUCUUCGGUGAACUCGGCACCGGUGACGACUGCCGCUGGGCGUCCACUUUCCCAGACACCCCCGGGGCCUGUGUUAUGCCCGCAGGCCAGAGGCGGCAGUGGCAGCCCGGGGUCUCUGCCGCCACGUGCCCAUUCUCCAGACUUCCUGCAGCGGUGCGUGGGCACAACAGCAGCAGGGAUGGUGCCGUCCCGGCGUCAGCCGUCGCCCGUGCCGCGGCGGUCCCUACAGGAGGCACCGCAGCAGGUUCCGUAUUUAUCAUCGUCGCCGUUGUCACAGCAACAGCAGCACCAGCUGCAGCAGCAACAACAACAGCACCAGCUGCAGCAGCAACAACAGCAGCAGCAGCAACAACAGCACCAGCAGCAGCAACAACAGCACCAGCUGCAGCAGCAGCAACACCAACAGCUCCAGCAGCAACAACAUCAGCAACAACAGCAGCAACAUCAGCAGAAACACCAGCAGCAUCAUAAUCAGCAACAGCAACAACAUCAGCAGAAACAUCAGCAGCAACAAAAUCCACAGCAGCAGCAGCACCGGCAGCAGCAACAAAUGCCCCAGCAGCAGCAGCAGCAGCAGCAGCAGCAGCAACCAAACCCCCAUCAGCACCAGCAGCAACAACAGCAGCAACAAAUGCCCCAGCAGCAGCAGCAGCAGCAACCAAACCCCCAUCAGCACCAGCAGCAACAACAGCAGCAACAACAGCAGCAACAAAACGCACAGCUGCAGCAGCAGGAGAAGCAGCAUCAGCACCGUCAGCAGCAACAAAACAAACCGCAACGGCAAAACCCGCAGCAGCAACAACCGCAGCAGCAGCAAGCAUCGUCCCAUCAUCAUAGCUACCGGCAGUCGAGGUCUCCCGCCCAUUUUCACGGGGAGACACCGCACAGUGCCAACUUUGUGCCAUCGUGGCCAUGCCACCACAUGCAGCGGGCGAAAGAGCACUGUUGCUGCUCACAGCGAGACGGCGGCAGCGGUGGCAUCGCCGGUGCCUGCGGUGCGGUAAUGUUGGCGCGGCUGCGAUGGGCGCCGGUCACCCUGGACACGUCGGGUGGCCCGGGUCGCCACCCCCCCUCCUUGUUGGCGCGGCAGUAUGGCCUACAGCAGGACCCGCCCGGAGGGGUGGGCUGCCUGCAUUCCGUCCCGGGACUCUCGGGGGACGCCUACUGCUUGCUCAUGGAGCAGGACCGGCAAUUAAAGCUGCUGCAGGCACAGAUCCAGAAGCUGCUGGCCGCACAAAACUGCAACGGUGGAUCGAAGCGGGACGAGGUUCACGUUCCGGCAUGGAGCUCUCCAAGUUCACCGGGCCCAGCUCCGUCCGAGAGUAAGAGGGCAGCGGGAACGCAGAAGCAGGCGGUCAGCAUCGCCUGCGAGACAGGAGGAAGCUUGAUUUGGGGACCGGGCGGUGGGGAGGCGGCCGGGGAGACGCAAAGAGGAGACACGGGGACGAGCGGAUCACCACCGAGCGGAGACGGCGCCACCGACGGCCACGACGGCGACGACGGUGGGGCCAGCGAAAUCCGGCACGGGGUGACUCGCGACGACGGCGAGCUGGCGCUGUCCGGCGAAGACGAGGGCGCCGUGGCGCUGGCCGUCGCGGCCGUCAUCGAGGCGGCGGCGGUGUGCGACGCGAGCGUGGCCUCGUCGCUGCACGCCGUCGACCUGCCCAGCUUCGUCGAGAGCCGAGGCAGCGCCGACGAUUCCAGCCGAAGCUCCUCCCAGGACAGCUCACCGAUGGGUCCGACCCACCACGCUGGCCAGGGCAGUCCGGCACUCGGGGAAAGCGCCAGCAUCUAUGUCCGCGCCGAGCGGGAAGGAGGAGGUGGUGGUGGUGGUGGCGCUGCAACCGGCACACCGGAGGUGGCGAGCGCAGCAGAGCAAGUGGACGGAGAUAGCAACAGCCUCCUGAUGCGGGACGAGAAGCAGUUCUACCACAACCUCUUGCACCAGGUAAAUCGUCUGCUGACCAACACUGCCGAGACACCCGGUGAGGAGAGCGCCACGAGCGAUCGCGAGGAAAGGCCGCCCGCUGUCCAGCCGUGCCCUGGGAUGGCGACGGCAGCCGAGCCCACGCGAGGAGACGCUGUCCACGGGGUGAUUCAGACGUCGAGACGCAAGAAAGCAGAGGAUAACAGCGUGGUAACGGCGACACUGAAGCAGCUGAGGAAGAUGGGCGUGCGUCUGGAUGGGGAGGGCAUGGAGUGUGUGGUCAGCGGCAGCAGCACCAAACACAGCGAACAGGCGGAGAGGGCCAGCACGUUGGCGCGGAUCCUCCCUACGGCCGCAGCGUUGGCCUUGCCUCACUUCAGCUACUCAUCGCUCUCUUUCGCGAUCGGUACCAGCGGCUUCUUUGGGGAACCCGGCAUGUCGGUCGAUCUGAGCAUGGAGGCUAACGCCAUCGCUCUCAAGUACCUGAGCGACGCACAGCUGGCGCAGCUCUCAAGAGGCGGCGGCAGUAGUGGCAACGGUUUCGGAAGUGGUCGAGCAGCCGAGGUGGCCCGGGCAUCGCUUGCGGCCAGCCUCUCGGACAGCGACCGUAGCACCGCACCGGGUCUCCUGUCUCCAAGCAACAUGUCCUUUGCCACACGGCGGUACAUGCAGAAGUACGGGCUCAUUGAUGGAGGCAUCAGCGAUGACGACGACGACGACGAUGAUGAUGACGAUGAUGAUGACUGUGAUCGCAACCAAGUUGGCGCUGCUCGCUGCAAGGAUUUGGCCGGUGCUCGCGUUCCAGCGGAAAAUGGAGACACCGUUUCUGACAUUAUCGCUAAAUCGCUACCCUCCACCGCUGGCAGCUCUUCCCAAACACCUGGCUCGGACUUUGCCGCCUGCAUGGAGCACGGGUCAGGAGGCGCGAGGCUCUGCGAACGCCUGUCUGCCCGCCGUAACUCGGAGCCCAGCCUGGUGGCCGUGGCAGAGACCGCGGCAGCAGCAGGAUCCCGUCGCUCGACGGGCGAAGGUCGGGCCUUCACCGACGCGGCCGGGCUUCGAGACAACAGCACCGUGCAGGUGCUGAAGGGGUUAACGCAGCCGCAGAGGAAGCUGCUGAGCACAGGACACGCCGUGUUUACGAGGCAUCCGCUCCGCGUUUUGCCGGAGCGGAAAAAAGUGUUGGGUGGUGGUGGUGGUGGUGUUGGUGGUGUCGGUGAUGGUGCUGGUGGUACAGGUCGGGGGGACUCGCCAGAGAAAAUCCGAGGGAACGAUCGUGAGGAGUCGAUGGGAAACAUUCUGGACAUUGAACGGUUGCGACAGCUUCCCAAGCUCUUCUGAGUUAAAAGCAGACAAGGUGGCGACCUCAGUUUUUUUUAUGUUGGAAUUUUGUUUGUGUCCGUCUGGGUGGCUCUGGUUAUAGCUUGGUCGGGGGGUAAACUCGGACAAUCAUCUCUUCCAAGGUUGAUGGAAUUAAUAUCGCUUAGUUUUAAGUCAAAAAUGGUUUUCCUGUGGAUAAACUUGGCCCCGUCAUAGGAAUGUGUAAUUCUCACUACUGGCUCAGGGCUGCCAAUGAAGUGGAGUACCACCCGAAUACUCGUUUAGGUGGGGUGACACUUAUUAAUUUGAUUACAUUUUGUUUGCCUUUUAAACAUUUUAAGUUUUUUAUAUAUAUUUUAAUGAGUUUGUCAAUGUUAUUUAAUGCUCCUCUUGUGGAAUGGGUGAAGUUUAUCAGUUCCAUAGAGCAGUGUGUUUUGUAUUUAACCAGCUUAAAAAAGUUAUGUUUGUUUUUAUUCUGUAUAAUUAUAUUUUUGUACAUUAGUAAAUAACAGCAAGGUUGUCUCGCAUUACAAAUCAAUAGUUCUUGUACAUACGGUGCUCAUGCUUUUUGCCAUAUGUAUAUAUAUUAAUCUGUGCCUUCCAUAGAUUAUAUUUAAGUUGCCCAUACCACUGCAGCUCAGCUCUUAAUGAGGCCCAACUCUUGCAUUCCACAAGGGCCAACAGUGACACGCUGUUUAAUAAUUUCACAUCAAACCUUUAUAUACUCAGGAAAUGGGUGUGUAAGCCGUUUGAAUGGUUUUGCCAGUGUUGUUUUUUGCCAUUAAAGUUUGGCGUGUGUGUUAUGUAUAAUUUAUUUUUGUUCUUUGGUUGUGUGAACAAACACCCUUCCAGCUUCAAGUGUUUACUCAACGCACAGUGAAUUCCACCUUGGCAAUUCUCGACAUUGCUUUUGGAAUUCACGUCUGUGAGCAUUUCAGCAAAAUUAUAUCCAUAAUCAAAUGCGUGUAUAAGUAAUGUUGGAUUUUUAUUUAAACGCCAUUGUUAGGGUGCAGCCUAUGACCAAAUCGUCUGAAAAAGCUAAGCAGAGUUGAGAGCCUGGAUAGUGCUUGAAUUGGGUGACCACCAGUGCACAAAUAUGUUGUCAGACGUCUGCGGGGACCUGGUACUUGGUGGGUAGUAUACGGCAGUGCAGCAAUUCUAUGACUUUACUUACGAACAAGGUGGGUUCCAGAGGUCUUGUUCGUAAGUUGAUUUGCUCAUAAGUCCAGCUUUACACCUGUCGAUUCCAAACAUUGUACGGCAGGUACGUGAACAACGGGGAAUGGUUUUAAAAGUUGUACAAUCUAUAUAUGUAAAUGCCACGGGUUCUUCAUGUUCUGCAGAUGUAGAUGCCACCACCGCCAUCUAUUGCGCGGCAAGUUUAACUUACGACUCUCGAUCCGAAGAGGACCAGGUUUGCUCGUAUCUCUGUAAGUCGGAUGUUCCUAAGUAGAGGAUUCCACGUACGUCUAUGGUCCCUGCCUUUAUCAUUGCAUACUCACAAGUGCGUGGGGGUGGGAGGGGGUUUAGAUAGUUGAUUAAUUGUGACGUAGCUUUAACCCAUAGCUCCUCACCCCUUUCAGAAUGAUCACCAAAGAAACAUGGUAACAUUGCCUUCUCUGCUCGUGUGUUGUGUGUCGUUUGCCUAAAGUCUGGAAUAAAUGUGUAAAUGUGAUGUCCAUUCGGUUUGUUUCUUUUGAUGUGGUAUAUUCUCUAAUAAAGAUUUGCUUUUACUGAUA